AUGUCGGCCUCGACACCAUCUCAUACAGCAGAGGCCUCGUCGGCGGCCACUCCUGCCAUCAACGCAGCCUCGACAGCAGAGCAAACCUCGAACGCUUCCACCUCCGACGCACCCUACACCUCCAACAUCAAGCCUGCCCUCGUCAAUUCCACACCCAGAGCCUCCAACGCCAGCAGCACCAACCACGUCACCCAGCGUCCCAAGCGCGCCACCAUCGCCGACUCGGAACCCGACAUGCUCGAAAAGGGUCAAGCCAGCUCCACAAACGAUGACGGCUCUUAUGGUUCCUCCUCUGAUCCUGCCUUCUCAUCCGGCACCAGGAAGCGCACCGUCGACCGGGAUCAAUCUUCCAUCGGCGAAGGUCUCGGCGGUCCCUUUGCCGGUCCCCCUCGUCGAGCCACCAUGGACUCCAAAGCCACAAUGCGACGCUCCUUCAACGAGCUCUUCACUCCCGAACAUCGUCUCGGCAAACCUCCUGGCACUCUCGCCAGUCUCAAGAACAUCCUCUUUGGCUCCUUCCUCAACAUCCUCCUCGUCUUCAUCCCCGUCUCGUGGGCACUCCACUUCGCCCUAGACCAGAACGUCACCAAGAACGGCAUCGCCGUCUUUGUCACUUCCUUCCUCGCCAUCAUGCCUCUCGCCACCAUCCUCUCCCAGGCCACCGAAGAACUCUCGCUCAGAGUCGGCGAGACCAUCGGCGGUCUCAUCAACGCUUCCCUCGGCAACGCCGUCGAACUCAUCGUCGCCAUCGUCUCGCUCUUCAACUGCGAGCUCAUCGUCACCCAGACCUCGCUCCUCGGCUCCAUCCUCUCGAACCUCUUGCUGGUGCUCGGCACGUGUUUCUUUGUCGGUGGUCUUCGCGUCAAGGAGCAGGUGUUUCUGGAAGCGCCCGCUCAGCUCAACACGUCGCUCCUCAUGAUGGCCGUCAUCUCGCUCGUCAUCCCUUCGGCCUUCCAUGCCGUCCUCGGCAACCUCGAUAACACCGUCGAGCGUGCCGACAUUCUCAAGUUCAGCCGUGGCGUCUCCGUCUUGCUGCUGCUCAUCUACAUCGGUUUUCUGUAUUUCUCCCUCUCGUCGCACAAGGAGUUUUUCCAGGACGACAACGAAGAUGAGGAGGAGCAGCCCAACAUGAACAUGACCGGCGUCAUCAUCUCGCUCGUCGUUGUCACCUGUCUCAUCGGUGUUACGUCCGAAUGGCUCGUUACGGCGAUCAACUCGGUCACCUCGACGGGCGCCAUCACUCGCACCUGGAUCGGUUUGAUCUUGUUGCCGAUUGCCAGCAACGCCACUGAGCAUCUGGCAGCCGUCAUCUUUGCGUGGAAGAACAAGAUCCAGAUGGCCAGCUCCAUCGCCAUCGGCUCGUCCAUCCAGAUCGCCCUUUUCGUCAUCCCCUUGCUCGUCCUCAUCGCUUGGAUGGGAGGCAAACCUUUGACCCUCCUCUUCGACCCUUUCGCUACCAUCCUGCUGUUUUUGACCGUGCUCAUCGUCAACUUUGCCAUCGCCGACAACAGGUCGAAUUACCUCGAGGGGUUCGUGCUCAUCAUGGUGUAUCUCAUUGUCGCACUCACCGUCUGGUUCGUCCCCGACGACCUCGCCGACACGCUCUUUUCCGAUGAGUACUGCAAGACCGGUUGA